CAAUGAGUUGAGAUCGUGCAUCUGCACUCCAGCUGGGCAACAGAGCAAAACUCUGUCUCAAAAUAAAAUAAAAUAAAUAAAAUAAAACUGCUUCUCAAAUAAGCUUUGGUAGAAUCUUAAGGGGUCACAUCAUUGUUUUCCAACUAUGAUAUGUGUUGAAAAAUUUGUUCUUUGACCACACAUUUUAUUAGAUUUUUUUUUAACCAUUAUUAAUGGUUUUUCUCUGAAAUGUAUUGUGUUCAGGUUACAUUGAGGACUGCAUGCUUUCUAGUCUGUAUCAUAUAUUGGAAACAUUUUCUGGUACCUGAUAAAUGAUUAGUAUGUUUCAAUGUGUACUUGAUAAAGAUAUCACGGAACUUUUUUCUUUAUGCUAACAUCAAAAUUUAGUUCAAGUGGCCAUGAUUCCAUUUUAUUUAUUUAUGUCAUCUGAUUAAAUGGUGAGCUGUGAGCUUCUAAGUCAUCGUUCCCCUCAUGUUCCUCUGGUCCAUAAUAUUUGCAGAUGUUGAAGGAUGGGCUGGAUUGACCUGGAACCUUGUUCCACUGGAGCCCAUGUGUUCAUGAAGAAAACAUUUGCUCAGAUCUCCUUUUACCGCUGCUUCUUUUUCAGUGUUUUAAACACUUAUGGCUAUGUGUUCACAAUUGUGUUUAUUUUGAACGUUUCACAAUCAUUUUUCUGGGAAAAUAAUUACAUGUUUAGGAUUCAUGCCAUCAGAACCUUAGACAUUGAAAGAGACACUUCAUUUGCUCAGGUAUAUAAAAUGGUACUGAAAUUUUUUCCUUCUUUUUGAGACAAGAAUGUCACUCUGUCACCCAUACUUGAGUGCAGGGACAUGAUCUUGGCUCACUGCACCCUCCACCUCCCAGGCCCAGUGAUCCACCUUAGUCAGCCUCCCAGAUAACUGAGACCACAGAUGCACACCACCACAGCAGGCCAAUUUUCUGUACUUUUGGUAGCGACGGGGUUUUACCAAGUCUCCCAGGUUGGUUUCAAACUCCUGGGCUCAAUGGUCUACUCACUCCAGCCUCCCAAAAUGCUAUGAUUACAGGGUUAGCCACCAUGCCUGGCCCAUUGUGGAAUUUUCUAGAGAAGGAAAACCAACACAGCCUAUUGGCACUUCCAGCCAUCACAUGGGAAUCAGCCACACCUCCUGACUCAACUCAGAGCUUCUCAGGAUACCUUAGUGAAGUGUCUCCUGCUCGGAACAACUGACACAACCUGUAAUGUACAGGUGGGGAAUAAGACCAGAAAAGCUCAGUCAGAGUGACACUGACCCCUGAAAUACUUCACCAAAUAGUGUGUGGCUUUUCCUGUAGGAGAGGGUAAUGCUCAGGUGUAAUUUGAAUUUUAAAUGGAUUCCUGUCCUCCCAAAAUGUAAAAAACACAAAUACCAGAAUGGAAAAAACAGGGGAUUAGACUCAAAUCGUCUUGAACCUCUCCUUGUCUCUGUCCACACAAACUGCUUUUCCUAAUCUCAUCUCGCAGCUUUAACCCACCUACGCGGCUCCAUGUCCCCUGCAGGUCUCUUCCCUGAGCUCUACAAUCCUGUGUCCUGUUGUCUCCUCAGCUCUCUGCUGGGAUAUCAAACUGGCAUCUCCACAUUCACGUGCCCAUAAGUGACUUCCUAAACUCCCAAACACAUUCCCUUACAGUCCUACAGAUCUCAGAUGAGGGUGACUGUGUACUUCCGGGGACUUAGCCAAACUUGACAGCAUGUAUUUUAAGUAUGGGAGAUAAAUUAUAUUAUUUGUAAGUGUUGUAAUUUAUACUGUAAAGAGAAAGUUGCAUGUAUACAUAAAAGGAGUGAGAAAAUACAUCAUUUCCAACCUUCUUUUGAGGUGUGGGGGAAAAAUGUUUGGAGACCUCAUCCCUAUGGAUCUGUGCUCCCAGGACCCCUCUAACCUCACCUCCUGCAUGCGUCCCUCUCGCUUUCUCUGCUCCAGCCAUGCAGGCCUCUUUCCUUUUUCUGGGACUGAGGUUUCUCCCAUCUCAGGGCCUUCAACUGUGCUGUCCCUCUGCCUAGGACUCUGUGGCCACUGAGCUGCAAGUGACAAGCAGAGUUUCUUCCCCAAGUCUUUGUUCUGACAUCACUUUUACUAUGGAGAACUUUGUUCUCCCAUAGCCCCCCAUUUGUCAUGACAACUCCACCUUCACCCCCACCUCUGGUCCAUGUUGCCUGUUCUGUGUGAUUCUUUUUGCUCCUUCGCUGUUCACUGGAUCCUGGUGAGGACAAGUCUCUAAGCAGAGAGCAGAGCCAGAAGGUGGGGCUGUGCUGGGCUGGUGCCCUCUGAGUGGAGCUCAACCCUGACUUUACAUUGGGGUUCUCAGGCAUUUUGCAAAUACAUCUUUUAUGCUGUUUUAUCAGAGAUUGCUAUUUUCACAGUAUGGGACCCACCCUCAGCAAUACCUACAAUGACACAGGUGAUUCUCAUCUGUCUCCAGCAUUGAACGUCAAGGCAGUUUCCUCCAUGUUGAGAGCUGAGAUCAGCCUGUGAUCCACAGGGAGGAGGGAGCAAGAUCUGAAAACGGGUCAAAAUUACCCUUGUAGAUCUUCCCGUGGCACGUUCUUAUCUCUGCAUGAUCUCUGGGACCGUGGGCAGCAGAGGACCAUCCGUCUCCAGGGAUUUCCAAAGACUCAUGUUACAUGAGGAAGCCACCAAGAAGAGCAAAGAAAAGGAUCCAGGGAUGGCGCUUCCUCAGGGACGCGUGACUUUCAGGGAUGUGGCUAUAGAAUUCUCAUUGGCGGAGUGGAAAUGCCUGAACCCUGCGCAGAGGGCUUUAUACAGGGAAGUGAUGUUGGAGAACUACAGGAACCUGGAGUCUGUGGAUAUCUCUUCCAAAUGCAUCAUGAAGGAGUUCUCAUCAACAGGGCAGUGCAAUACAGAAGUGAUCCACACCGGGACAUUGCAAAGACAUGAAAGUCAUCACAUUAGAGAUUUUUGCUUCCAGGACAUUGAGAAACAAAUUCAGGACAUUGAGUUUCAGUGUCAAGAAGAUGAAAGAAAUGGCCAUGAAGGACCCAUGACAAAAAUAAAAAUGUUCACUGGUAGUACAGACCGACAUGAUCAAAAACAUGCUGGAAACAAGCCUAUUAAAGAUCAGCUUGGAUCGAGCUUUCAUUCACAUCUGCCUGAACUGCGCAUAUUUCAGAUCAAAGGUAAAAUGGGUAAUCAACUUGAGAAGUCUACCGAUGAUGUUCCCUCAGUUUCAACAUCCCAAAGAAUUUCUUGUAGACCCCAAAUCCGUAUUUCUAAUAACUGUGAGAAUAAUUCCCCAAAUUCUUCAUUACUCACAGAAGAACAGGAAGUACACAUGACAAAAACAUCUUUCCAGUGUAAUGAGAGUGGCAAAGCCUUUAAUUGUAGCUCACUCUUAAGGAAACACCAGACAAUCCAUUUAGGAGACAAAAUAUAUAAACGUGAUGUAUGUGGCAAGGUGUUUAAUCACAAGCAGAACCUUGCAUGCCAUCAGAAAUGCCACACGGGUGAGAAACCUUACAAGUGUAAUGAGUGUGGCAAGUCCUUCAGUCAGGUGUCAUCCCUUACAUGCCAUCGUAGACUUCAUACUGGAGUAAAACCUUACAAGUGUAAUGAGUGUGGCAAGCUCUUUGGUCAAAAUUCAGCCCUUGUAAUUCAUAAGGCAAUUCAUACUGGAGAGAAACCUUACAAGUGUAAUGAAUGUGACAAGGCUUUUAAUCAACAAUCAAACUUUGCACGUCAUCAUAGAAUUCAUACUGGAGAGAAACCUUACAAAUGUGAAGAAUGUGAGAAAGUUUUCAAUCGCAAAUCAACCCUUGAGACACAUAGGAGAAUUCACACUGGAGAGAAACCGUACAAAUGUAAGGUUUGUGACACAGCUUUCACGUGGAAUUCACAGCUGGCUCGACAUACCAGAAUUCACACUGUAGAGAAAACUUACAAGUGUAAUGAGUGUGGCAAGACUUUCAGUCACAAGUCCUCCCUUGUGUGCCAUCAUAGACUUCAUGGUGGAGAGAAAUCUUACAAAUGUGAGGUUUGUGACAAGGCUUUCGCAUGGAAUUCACACCUGGUAAGACAUACUAGAAUUCACAGUGGAGAAAAACCUUACAAGUGUUGUGAAUGUGGCAAGACCUUUCGUCAAAAUUCAGAUCUUUUAGUUCAUAAAUCAAUUCAUACUGGAGAGCAACCUUACAAAUAUGAAGAAUGUGAAAAAGUUUUCAGUCGAGCAUCAACCCUUGAGACACAUAAGGUAAUUCAUACUGGAGAGAAACCAUACAAAUGUAAGGUUUGUGACAAGGCUUUUGCAUCUCAUUCCUAUCUGGCAAAACAUACUAGAAUUCAUAGUGGAGAGAAACCUUACAAGUGUAAUGAGUGCGGCAAGACCUUCCGUCUGAAGUCAUACCUUGUAUGCCAUCGUAGAGUUCAUAGUGGUGAAAAGCCUUACAAGUGUAAUGAGUGCAGCAAGACCUUCAGUCAGAGGUCAUACCUUCAUUGCCAUCGUAGACUUCAUAGUGGUGAGAAACCUUACAAGUGUAAUGAGUGUGGAAAGACCUUCAGUCACAAGCCAUCCCUUGUAUACCAUCGUAGACUUCAUACUGGAGAGAAAUCUUACAAAUGUACACUUUGUGACAAGGCCUUUGUGCGUAAUUCAUACCUAGCAAGACAUACUAGAAUUCACACUGCAGAGAAACCUUACAAGUGUAACAAAUGUGGGAAGGCUUUUAAUCAACAAUCACAACUUUCACUUCAUCAUAGAAUUCAUACUGGAGAGAAACUUUACAAAUGUGAAGCAUGUGACAAACUUUUCAGUCGCAAAUCACACCUUAAAAGACAUAGGAUAAUUCAUACUGGAGAGAAACCAUACAAAUAUAAGGUUUGUGACAAGACUUUUGGGAGUGAUUCACACCUGGCACAACAUACUGGAAUUCACACUGGAGAGAAACCUUACAAGUGUAGUGAGUGUGGCAAAGCCUUUAGUGAGAAGUCAACAAUUAUUUCCCAUCAGGCAAUUCAUGGUGUAGGGAAACUGGACUAAUGUAAUGAUUCUCACAAAGUCUUCAGUAAUGCUAAAAGCAUUGUAAAUCAUUGGAGAAUCCAUAAUGAAGAGAGAUCUUACAAGCGUAACAAAUGUGGCAAAAUUUUCAGACAUCGUUCAUACAUUGCAGUUCAUUGCAAACUCAUACUGGAGAGAAACCUUACAAAUGUCAUGACGGUGGCAAGGUCUUCAGUCAAGCUUCAUCCUAUGCAAAAACAGGAGAAUUCAUACAGGAGAGAAACCUCACAAGUGUGAUGAUUGUGGCAAAGCCUUUACUUCAUGUUCACACCUUAUUAGACAUCAGAGAAUCCAUACUGGACAGAAAUCUUACAAAUGUCAUAAGUGUGGCAAAGUCUUCAGUCCGAGGUCACUCCUUGCAGAACAUCAGAAAAUUAAUUUUUGAGAUAACUGUUCCCAAUGCAAUGAGUAUAGCAAACCGUCAAGCAUUAAUUGACAUUAGAGUCAAAUCAGCAUUGAUUUGAGUUUGUAUUGACUUAACAUUCAGUUCAAGCCUUAAUUGACAUUAAAGUGUUUAUGUUAAGAGGAUUGA